ACAAGAAACACAAGCGUGCAGAGCAAACAGAGAAAGAGGGAGAGAGAAAAGAAGGAGACUUUCUUUGAGGAAGUCAUUAAAUCCAGAAACCCUAGAAGGCUAGAGAUCUCUGCCAACCAUGGAGGACGUUAGAGCAGUGGUUCUUCCACAACAACCCAGAGGGAAUGACAAAGUAAAGAAUGAAGCACAAAGAAGGAACCGGCGUGUUCUUGGAGACAUUGGUAAUAAUCUUGAGGCUGCUCAUCUUGUUGAAGGGAAGCCCCCUGUUCAGAUUUCUCGCCCUAUGACUAGAAGCUUUCAUGCACAAUUGUUAGCCAAGGCACAAGCUAAAGCAGAAAAGAACAACGGGAACCCAGUACUGCCGGUUCUUGAAGAUAGGGCAGCUGCUCUUAAUAGAAAACGUGGUCCUGCCAAGAAGGCCGCAGUAGCUCCCAAGAAGGCAAUUGAAAAGCCAAUAUCUGAGACUCUGGUGGUUAUAAGUUCUGAUGAAGAAGAAGAAAAAGAUAAACCAGUGAACCGAUGCAAGCCCGUAGAAGGGCCUUCAAGGAAGGAAGUCAAGACUCUAACUUCAAUCCUCACAGCUCGAAGCAAGGCUAUGGCUUGUGGAGUUGACAUCAAGCCAAAGGAAAACAUUGUCGAUUUUGAUUCAGCUGAUGUUAGUGAUGAAUUGGCAGUAGUGGAAUACAUUGAUGAUUUGUACCAGUUCUACAAGCUCACUGAAGAUGACAGCAGAGUUCAUGAUUACAUGGAGUCACAGCCAGACAUAAACCCAAAGAUGAGAUCAAUCCUCAUAGACUGGUUGGUAGAAGUUCACAGGAAAUUUGAACUGAUGCCUGAAACCUUCUACCUGACUGUGAACAUAAUUGAUCGAUACUUGUCAAUGAAGAUCGUUUCUAGGAGGGAACUUCAGCUAGUUGGUAUUAGUUCUAUGGUUAUAGCAUCCAAAUAUGAGGAAAUCUGGGCUCCACAGGUCAUUGACUUUGUUUGCUUAUCAGACUAUGCAUACACUGGUGAUCAGAUACUUCUGAUGGAGAAAGCAAUUCUGGGGAAGUUGGAAUGGUACCUGACAGUUCCCACCCCAUAUGUCUUCCUGUCUAGAUACAUCAAAGCCUCUGUUUCACCUGGUGAAGAGGUGAAGAAUAUGGUUUUCUUUCUAGCCGAGCUCGGAAUUAUGCAUUAUCCAACUACUAUUCGGUACUCCCCAUCCCUGAUAGCUGCUGCAGCUGUCUAUGCUGCACGUUGCACCCUCAACAAAGCUCCUUUCUGGACUGAAACCCUGAAGCACCACACUGGCUACUCUGAAGAACAGUUAAGGGAUUGCGCCAAGCUCUUGGUUGGCUUUCAUUUGAAUGCUGCAGAGAGUAAUCUUCAAGCAGUUUAUCGGAAGUUCUCAAAGCCUGAACAUGUUGCUGUUGCUCGGAUCCCUCCUGCCAAAAGUUUUCUAUCCUCAUCUUCUUGAACUGAUGAAAGUUUUGUGUUACUGAGUCUUGUUUACUUUUUGUAGACAGAGCAUCCAUAUGCCUAGUGUUGUUAGAUUGGGUAUGAGAAGAUUGACCGUGUUGUUUUAAAAUGCAGUAUGUCUAUCUUGUUUCUUGGGUCAUGUAUAUCCUUAGCUCUCGGAUUUGUCAUUUUUUCAACAACAUCCAACAAUAUAAGCCAAUUUUAGUGUUA